AUGGGCUCCAGGCACUUCCCCGCGCGGACUGUGCUCUUCGAGAAGGAAUCCAACGGUGUCACCUACCGUGUGCCUGCCCUGCUCUACCUGCCCUGCGUGGCCAAGCUGCUGGCGUUCGCCGAGGAGCGGAUCAGCGCCGACGAUGCCCACGCCAACCUGCUGGUGCUGCGCCGUGGCACCAUCUACGGCAGCUACGUGGAGUGGGAAGAUAUGCGUGUGCUGGAGACAGCAACGCUGCAGCACCACCGCUCAAUGAACCCCUGCCCAGUCUACGAUGAGUUCACUGGGACCCUCUUCCUCUUCUUCAUCACGGUGCUGGGCAGGACACCCGAAGCCUACCAGAUCGUCACCGGCCAAAACGUCACCCGCCUAUGCUGCGUCACCAGCGCCGACCAGGGCCUGAGCUGGAGCACAGCCAAGGACCUGACACAGCAGGUCAUUGGUGGCACCAUCAAAGGUAUCCAGCUGGAGAGCGACUGGGCAACAUUCGCCCUGGGCCCCGGGCACGGGAUCCAGCUGCGUUCUGGGCGGCUGCUGGUGCCUGCCUACAGCUACCACAUCGACUGCAAGGAGUGCUUUGGGCAGCUCUGCAAGACCACCCCACACUCCUUCACCUUCUACAGCGACGACCAUGGCCGGCGCUGGCGCUUCGGGGAGUUCAUCCCCAACCUGCAGACGGGCGAGUGCCAGCUGGUCUCGGUGGACGAGGAGGAUGGAUCCAACGUCCUCUACUGCAACGCCCGCAGCCCCCUGGGCUUCAGGGUGCAGGCACUCAGCACGGACGAUGGGGCCGUGUUCCACGGAGGGCAGCUGGUCCAGCGGCUGGUGGAACCCCCCCAUGGCUGUCACGGCAGCGUCAUCGGCUUCCCAGCGCCGUUAGUGUAUGUCCCCACCACCCCCCAAGACCCUGUGAUGUCCCUUCGGGGCUCAGCUCAGCGGCUGCUCCCUGGGAUGCUCUGGGGAUGUCAGUCCCUGCCCACCCAGGAGGCAGCAGGGGAUGAGUUGCACACCGUGGCAACCAGCAGCCACCACGAGCCAGACGAGCCCGAUGAGGACUGUCCUACCCCAGGGCAUCACCACCAUGCCCACAGUGGCACCUUGGUCCAGGGGGACCCUGCAGUACCCCCCGGCCCCACUCCCUUCUUCCAGGCACCGACAUGGAUCCUCUACUCCCACCCCACCAGCUCCAUGUCACGGGUCAACAUGGGGGUUCACCUGAGCACCUUCCCCAGGGACGCAGAGAGCUGGACUGAGCCCUGGGUCAUCUACGAGGGCCCCAGUGCUUACUCGGACCUGGCGUACAUGGAGCUGCCCUACCCGGAGGCGCCGGUGGCCGGUGGCACUGCCAUCGCCUUCGCCUGCCUCUACGAGAACGGGAUGAGGUCUCCCUACGAGCAGAUCUCCUUCAGCAUGUUCACCCUGCACGAUGUGCUGCAGAACAUCCCCCUGACAGACACUGCUCCCCAGCGGCGCCGCCGCCCACGCCGUGGCAAGUGGUGGCCAAGGAGCUGCCUCAUCUCCUAG